AUGGACAGACAGGAAGGUGACGACCAUGCGGCGCAGGAGGAGCAGCACGUCGGCGAGCACGCGGUAGAGGAGCUGGAUGCCUUAGCCGUGUCCACAGAGAGCCUCCUGGCCGCCUCGGACGACGUCGAGGAAGAGGAAGCUCACGGGGGCACGCAGUCCUCGCACCGGCUGCUAGCCUACAGCGACGCGCUGCUCUCCAUCAUCGCCACCGUCAUGAUUCUUCCCGUGGCCCACACCAAGAUGGAGGUCGACGAGGAGCUAGAUGACAACCUUCAGCUUCUGCUGGGCACCAAGGUGGCCGUCUAUCUGAUGACCUUCCUCAUCGUCACUGUGGCCUGGGCGGCGCACAUCAGGUUAUUCCAGGUGAUCGUGCGCAUCGACGACACUCUCGCCUUGCUUAACCUUGCGUGCAUGAUGCUGAUCACCUUGCUGCCGUACACGUUUUCGCUGAUGGCCAACUUUCCAGCGCACGUUCUGGGAAUUCUUCUGUUCUGCGGCUGUGUGAUGGUCAUCGGUCUCAUUCAGUCGGUGAUUGUGUUGUACGCCUUCGGCCGUCCAUUCCUGCUCCAGCAUCAGAUCCGAUCAUGUGAGGAUCGCUCCGUGUACAGACAUCACAUCCUCAAAGUCCUGCUGAGGGUUCCUGUCAUGUGCCUCCUGGCUGCAGUUUGCUCCUUCUUCUGCUACCAGCUGUCGUACGUGUUGCUGGCUCUGGUCAUCUUCCUUCCAUACAUCUCCCAGGCCAUCCUGUGGUGUCGAGACAAACUCCUCGGUCCUGCGCAGGAGGAUCCGGAACAGGUUAUGUUCUCCACCUUCCUACCCAGCGAAGCCCUAAGUAAAGAACGCGUGGAGGCCUUCAGCGACGGUGUCUAUGCCAUUGUGGCCACGCUGCUCAUCCUGGACAUUUGCGAGGACAACGUCCCCGAGCCGGCCGCCGUGCAGCAGCGCUUCAACGGCAGCCUGGUGGCGGCGCUGCGUUCGUACGGGUCGGUGUACCUGGCCUACCUGGGCUCCUUCGCCACGGUGGGCCUGCUGUGGUUCGCGCACCACUCGCUCUUCCUGCAGGUGUCUCGGGCCACGCGCGCCAUGGGCCUGCUCAACACGCUGUCCCUGGCCUUCGUCGGCGGCCUGCCGCUGGCCUUCCGGCUCACCCACGAGCUGCCGCUGGCCGAGCUGCGCGCCGAGCGCCGCGCCGUGCAGGCCAGCUGCGUCCUGGUCUUCGGCGCCGGCGUGUUCCAGCUGGCCACCUGGGUGGCGGCGCUUCAGGGCGGCGGGCGGCGGACGCUGCGGCCGGCCGUGCGCUACGGUGGGCCCGAGCACGUUUUCAUGCUGGCCAAGCUGGCGCUGUACCCGGCCGUGGCGCUGGCCGCCUUCCUGCUCACGUGCGUGCUGAGCCGCUUCAGCGUCACCAUCUUCCACCUCAUGGAGAUCGCCACGCCGCUCGCGUUCCUGCUACUCCGGUUGAUGGUGAGAUUUGCCUCGGCCCUCCUCCGACACCUGUUUUGGCCGCAAAGCGGACAACCGGACAACGGCGAAGAAAACGUCCAAUCGAGGGUGCCGUUUAAUCCGCCGGUAAUCCAGUGACACGUUCCGUAGGCUUAAACCCGUGGCACCGCUAUGCACUGCUAGUACACUAAGCGGUAUUUGUAUUUAUGAAUUUAUGAAAACAUUUAAACGUCUAGGAAAGCAUAAGGUGGAA